GUUGCCUCAUUUCCUGUAUUUGACUCUCAGUCGAGAGAGAGAGAGAGAGCUAGAGACACACACACAGAGGGGGAGGCUGGUUCCUGAUACCGAGACACGGAAAAGCAGGGGAGGGAGAAUUACAGAAAAAGACGAGCGUGGAGAGAGGGAGACAGCGAGCAGGGGAAUUACACUGACCGACACACACGCGUCUCCCAGCUGACUGCUGACAUUGUUGACGUGCUCACUCUCCCAAACCUGUCACGAGCGAAAUACUGGAGCUCCAAAGCAUUGACAUCGCGCUCCCCCAGAACUCAUGGGUUAACAGAAUCUAUUCAGGAGAAGCAGCCACCCGUUAGUCCAAUGAAUAACCGGAAGGAAGAUAUGGAGAUCGCGUCGCACUACCGGCAGCUCCUGCGGGAGCUGAACGAACAGCGGCAGCAUGGUAUCCUGUGCGACGUGUGUGUGAUCGUGGAGGGCAAGAUCUUCAAAGCGCACAAGAAUGUGUUGCUGGGCAGCAGCCGCUACUUCAAGACGCUUUACUGCCAGGUGAAGAAGGGUUCAGAGCAGCAGGCCACCAUCACGCACCUGGACAUCGUCACAGCCCAAGGCUUCAAGACCAUCCUUGACUUCAUGUACUCCGCCCACUUGGCGCUCACAAGCAAGAAUGUGAUCGAAGUGAUGUCGGCCGCCAGCUACCUGCAGAUGACCGACAUAGUGCAAGCGUGUCACGGCUUCAUCAAGGCAGCGCUAGACAUCAGCAUUCGCUCCGAGCUUGCAGACGAACUUGCGGAUAUUGAGAUGGGCAAUGUGGUGAGCUCUAUGGGAGGCGGGGCUGGGCCCGGUGUGGGUGGAGCCUCGGAAGCACUGGCGUCCAUGAUCUCGGCCCGCAGUUCCUCGCCGUGGUUGGCCAGACGCACCAGCCCGGCAAACUCAUCUGGAGACUCAGCCAUCGCUAGCUGCCAUGAAGGUGGUAGCAACUACGGCAAAGAAGACCAGGAACCCAAAAGCCAUGAGAGCCAGGAGGAUGCUUGUUUGCAGCCCUUGUGGCCUGCUGAUUACCGUUCUGUCCAGGUCAAAGAGGAGCAGGUCUCCCCCUCCAAUCUGCAAGAUGGGGCUGGUCGAGGGGCACAAGGCACACCUGGGGAGCAAGGUGGACGAGGAGAGGGGGGCUGGCAACCCCCUGGCUCAGGCCGCAGGAAGAACCGGAAAAACAAGGACACGGUCAGGCACAUAACCCAACAGAAUGAAGGGGACAGUCGGACAGCGUCGCCGCUGCCAUCCAUGCUCUCCAAUCCAGGCUGGAGCUACGGCAACCAGGACAUUCCAGGUGCAGAAGUGACGGACCCCAACAUUUCCGACAGCCGCGGCGAGCGCAUGGACCUCCUGGUAAAGCAGGAGGAGGCCACAGCGGGGGACGGUGGGUUUCUGUCCGGGGAGCGUGAUGAGGCCAUGGCCCAGGAGAGAGCGGGCUCGGUGGCCAACCUGCGAGCCGCCCUCAUGAGCAAGAACAGCUUGUUGUCUCUGGGGGCAGAGAUGCUCGGAGAGGAGAACCCACUUCUGUUCGACUACCUGCCCAAAGGAGGACACUCUUUCUCCCGGCCUCGUUGCUUCAAUGGCAGCAGCAGCUUCCACCAUCCAGGGGCCCUGUUUGGUAGCAAACACAGGGCAUCUACAUCUUCUCCUCCGUCUACUCUUCCUCCUCUUCCUCUUCUACUGCCGCCUCCGCCAUCCGUGCCACAGCCCCCAGGGGCCCUCGGUAUGCCACAGUCUGGGGCCCCCCCAGACAAGCUCUAUGCGGAACGGUCCCCGAAGGCCUCACCCACUGAGGAGGAAAUGCAAGAAGAAGACAAUAGUCCAAAUAACAAUGCAGGGCUGGAGCAUGUCCAGGUUCCUGUAGAGGAAGAUCAGAUGGUGGAGGAGAAGCAUGCAGUGUGUGUGGCGGAGGUGCAGGGCGGAGGGCCGAGCUGGCGGCAGGAGCUCGCCUGCUCUCUGUGUAAGCAACUGUUUAGCAGCCUGCUUCAACUGAGACAGCAUGAAUACAGCCACACGCUCUCACUCAUGGCCCUAUCGCUGGACUGCCUCGACCACCAUCGCCCCCUAGUGGCCCCAUCUCCUCUCAACCCUCCGCCAGCACGCUACCAUUGCUCGCAGUGUCCCGCCAGCUUUACCCUUAAGUCCAACGCUGACCGCCAUGAGAAGACCAUCCACCUCAAACGGAAGCUGAUGCAGUGCAUGUACUGCCUCAAGCACUUCCGUGACCGAACGGACCUGAACCGCCACCUGUCAUCUGUGCAUUCCAGCGAACGCGUCUACACGUGUCCCGCUUGCUCCCGAACCUUCAGCACGCAGAAAAACCUGGCUACCCAUGGCAAGGUCUGCUGUCAAUCGGGAAUCUCGCCCACCGAGCAGCUGUGGAACCUACACAGCUUAAAGGAAGAUGACCAUAUCCGUAUAGACGAUUGAUUCUCCAAACCAGCAACAUUUAUUACUUCAUUACAAAGGGAAUGUGAUACAAACUUCAGGUCAUCCCAAAUCAGGCCUUCCGCAACUUUAGGCCACAGCACUGUUGACAUUUCUACACCUCUUUUUACUGUACAUCAGAUUUAUAUGUUCUUCAAAUACCAAAACCGUCAGGGUUUUUUUAUGACUACUGCAUAUGGCUGCUGAGGCACAAAUGCUAUGCAAAAUAAAGACAUUUUAUGUCAUUUCUCUUGUCGCAUAUAGAGCUGUCUGCUUUUUGUACAAUGCAGGAUUAUUCAAGGUUUUACUGAAGAUUGGAGAACAUAGAGAUCUCAGUGCAUUGGAGGCCAAUGCUUUUUCAUUCAGGGUGGCUUCGCACCCCUCUCUUUGCCAGCGAACUAAUCUUAUUAUGCUUUGAUGGACUCAGGCACAGGGUUCUCUGUAACUCACAGAGUAGUAGUGAAUUCAGCUGUUAAACCUGUGCACAAUGCUGCCCUCUGCAGGAGAAACUCUCUCUUGUAUUCUGCACUUGAGUGUGACAAGAUGAUUAGGGAUGAAAAAGAUUAGGCAAUGUCCUAAAUCUUUCAGCAAGCUAGGUUGUCUUCAAAUGUAUGUGUGUGUGAGUGCAUCGAAUCAUGUCAGUAAUUAGCUCUUCUCGGCUCUCACCCAUGCUGACCCUAAAUCGCACUGAUAAAGGAGAUGUAAGAGGAAAAGACUAAGUCCUUUAAAGUUGUGACCGGUCCUUGUGUGACCUCACACUAGCCUCCAAACCUGACUGCAACAGCCAGUAGAAAAGUAAAAGAGGACUGAAGGUGUUUCUGGACCCCUGCUAGCAGAGAUGGAUCUAAAUUAUAGUUGUGUUUUUAUAUGUCUAAUGUUAAAUCUCAUGGAGUUCCCAUUUUUGGGUUAUUGUUGAAGAUGGAAGUGUCAAAAGUGAAUUAAGAUCUUUUUUUUUUUUUUUUUUUCUUGAAAAAAAUCUUGAAAGUUAGCUGUGUCAUUGAGUGGUCAGACCACAAAUGUAUUAAGUUGAGUUCUGGGAAAUCUUCGAGGCAGUCUACACUUGUAGUAAUACCUGGAGGAGACGUUGUUAUGUUAAUUGUUAAUUUUCACACAACAUAUGUCAUACAAUUUCCAAGUUACAGAAUGAAAGCAUGAAAGUUAUCUUUCAAAAUGUUAAGUGUGUUGCUGCACUGAAUGUGUGGUGAAUUGUGAAAUGAAUCACUGUUUAUCGCCUAUGAAAAAGAAAGAGAGAGAGAGAGAUGUGCACUGACGUUUUCAAGGUCUUAGCAUUUUCUCCUCAGGAAACGAAAGGACUGAUGCACUCUGAUAUUGUCUGAAGAGGUUUGAAUGGUGGGUGUAAAAACGCAUCAGAAAUCUCAGUCACAGCUGUUUUGAAUUGCACUAUUUUUUAUUACUGAAACGAAAAAAAAAAAUCCUUUAGCUUAAAACCACAGAUUUCUGUAAAUUAUGUAUUUUGGAACAGUACUAUUGUGUAACUGGUUGGAUGUAAUUUUUUAGGCAAUAAAUUUUGACGUAAGGCAUCAUGAAAACUGUGGUCAUUUUAUUUUACAAAUCAUAAAAAUAAAUUGAGAACCUGUUAUGAAAAAAAAAAAUCACCAGCUACAGAUUUUUAGUACUACCGUUUUGUUUGGAUGGUCACAAGGGGUUUAUUUGCUACUUUAAAUUUAAGCUUCUUGUCAUAAAUCAGAUCUGAGCAUCAGCUGUUUAAAAAGUGUAGAUUGUCAAUUUCACGGCAGCUGUUCAGAUUCUGAAAGUAGUAAAUGUGAAACGUGUUGGUUUUGCCAUUUCAGCAGCACAUGCUCAUCAGGUCUUUCAUGUGUGUGGAUAAUUAGUUAAACCUGGGCUUCAGGUUUGUUCUAACCUAAAUGUUGCUCAUCCGCUUAUUAGCUGAGCCAGUCUAGACCAAUGCCUAAUGAGAUUACAGUCAUCACAGUAUGAAUAACACAAAGCACAUGCCUCUGUAUGAAUCUUUUACUAAAAAAAGACUGAAAAAUGAGUGUGGAAUUGAUGUUUGGUCUUGUGAGUUUGGGUUGAUAAUUUGUGCAGCAAUUGUUCAGCAAACAAUAGGAAGCUAUGGUAUUCUGCGUUGUGGGUUUUUCAUCUUUCUUUGUUGAAUUUGAGCAGUAAAAUCUGUUUCGGUGCUGUGGUUGCUAGGGAAACUGUCUUUUGGGGCUGCUUUUGGUAGCUAAGGGCAGGUGAGUUAGGGAGAGUAUCCCUCUUGCAGUUUGUCAGUGCUUUGGCUAUCUUCAGUGUCUGCCACUAGAUGACUCAGUGAAAGGAUAGGAGGGAUUGGACAGGAAAUACAGUAACUGAUGUGAAAGUAGCGGUAAUAAUAAUAUGAUAAACCGUGACAAUUUAGAGGUGAGUUUUCCCUUGAUUAAAAGAGGAAAAUACAAAUAUUUGGAUUUAAUUAUGUUCAUUAAAAUGUCUCAAUGUUUUUCUUUUUAUGUUUUUAGUAAUUUCCAUUAUUCUCAAAUGGUGAUUCUAAUUGCAAAUUUUUACUUUAUAAUUCGUUUUAGUUUUUAACAUUAUUUAAUGAAUAAUUAAUCCAUUCAAUCUGGCAAACAAAAAACAGUAUCAUCAAUAAAAGUAUAAAAGUAAUAAAUCAUCCUCUCACUAUCAGCAUAUGAAUUAAUGUAGUACAGAAUACGGGGCUCUUUGACCAAUCAAAUGUUAGAGGCAUUUCAGCACUGCCCACAUGUGUGAAUUAAAUAUUGAAGCCAUAAAGCGAUUUGUAAACCACAAACAAAAAAAGAGAUGUCAAGCCAAAAUCUCUAAAUCUGCUUAACAAAAUGAAAAAAAAAAAAAAAAAAAAACUUUCCAUUUCUGGACUGUAUUCAGUCCGUGUACCCUAUCAUUUGUUCAAUAAUUUUUUGGUUUAAUAUUGAUUUUUUUUUCAUUCAGGGGUAGAAAAAUGAAUAAACAGCUUGAAUAUCGAUUUCUACACUUGGGCCUGAAUUAAACAUCCCUUUCUGCUUAUUGGUCAGUCGAAGCUCAAACCGUGCCGUCAUCAGUUCUUCCACAGUAUCACGCAGCAGAAUAAUACUCCUCUGCUGCUGCAGUUGUACGGAUUCUUAACACAUUUAUUGUAACUACAUUUCAUCUUUUUUCAUCAAACAAACAGACUAAUGAAUGAACGACAGCGCUUUCUUCUGUGUAUAUUAUAUAAAUUCUAUGCUUUGCAUCAGCUGCAUGACAGGGUAUGAUAUGACAGCUGUCAUAGCCUACCCUGCUCACACAGUAAGUCUGUUUGUUUAAUUGAGUAAUUAAUUCAUUAAUUAAUACGUUUCAAAAUAAAUAUUUUAAACACUAAAAAGGAAAGAAUAAUAAAUUGGCUUGGGUGUAUAGGCCUAAUAUAGCCUAAUUGUCCACGCAAGAACUGUCAUUCUGACUGACAACCGGGAAAACAACAGAUAUUAAAUAGCCUACUGUUAGAGUUUUAUAAUGAAUCUUGUGUUUUUUAUUAAAAUUUAUUAUAAUUGAUUGAUAAUCUCCAAACGAUAUGCACUUGUGUGCAGCGUGAGCUGCUGUGCACUCGCACACAGGACUGUAACGCAAGAUUUUCGUAAAAUCUAAUAUAUAAAUAUAAACUUGCCAUUUCGGGUUGUUUCUCACCAAACCCACAGUAUACUGUACCUUCAGAAUUCUUGGAAUAUACACCACGAGACUGGAUUAUUUUACGACAGAUAUGCAUCCACUUAUAUAAAAAAAAGU